AUGGAAACAGAUGUUGUUAAAAACACUGCUCCUCAAACAUCCAUUGCAAGAAAGAGGAGAAAGCUUAUUCUUAAAGCAAAGAGGGAUUAUCGAAACCGUGUCAGAUCAAGCAACCUCACUUCCCAUUUAAAUCAUAAUUUUACAUCUUCUGUAACAUAUGAAACCACUAUUGAAACGGCUAUGGCUAGAAAGAGAAGGAAAAUAAUCUUGGAUAACAGAAAAAUAUUGAGAAAUUUGUUCAAUACUGAAGUUAGUAGGGUUCAAAAUACAAACAACAUUGUUAGUCAAAGUCAGAACAUGGAUCAUGCAUCUACUUCAAAUUAUAAUAUGUCAAGUCAGUCCAUGGAUCAUCCAUCUACCUCAAAUCAUAUUGUGUCUGUUGAAUCUCAUUAUGAAGACAAUGAUGACUCCAACUCUGUCAAUAAUUUAAAUUCUUCUAAUAGUUCCGGCUCUGACGAAGAUUCAGACCCGGCACAAUUACAGGAGGCCCAUCUUCAAGAAUAUUACGAUAUUGGCGACCAAAGUUAUGAAUGCGCACACUGCGAAGCAUGUAUGUGGUACCAAGAAAAAGUGAAUAGACACAAAAUUACAGCAACUCCUCGCUUUUAUCGUUGUUGCCGUGGAGGAAAAAUUGUUCUUCCGUUCCUUGAGCAACCUCCACAGGUGUUGCAAGAUCUUCUAUUUAAUAAAACAUAUUCAGAUAGUAAAAACUACCAGGCUAACAUACGAACAUACAACGCAAUGUUCUCAUUCACUUCCCCUGGAAUGAAGUUCGACACAACAUAUUCUAAAAGAGGUGGACCCCCUACUUUGAGACUGCAGGGUCAGACCUGUCAUCGAAUUGGUACACUGCUGCCAGAAACAGGGCAACCUCCGCAAUAUGCUCAAUUAUACAUCUAUGACACGGACAAUGAAGUUGAACACAGAAUAAAAUGUUUCAAGGACAACAAAGGCAUCGAGCGACCGGUUGUCAAAAAGCUCAAGAUGAUGUUAGAUCAGCACAAUGUUCAUGCCAAAGCUUUUAGAAUGGCAAGGGAUGUUUUAAGGACAAAUUCUUUCACAGAUUUAAAACUCAGGCUUAUUUCUGAUAGAUCCGAAGAUGGCCGUGUUUACAACAAACCUACUGUCUCAGAAGUGGCUGCACUCAUUGUGGGAGACAUUGAUUCUGCUGAUAAAAGGGACAUCUUAAUUCAGCGCCGCAAUGGUGGUUUGCAACGAAUAGAUGAGUUUCACCCAUCAUAUUUGGCUUAUCAGUAUCCUCUUAUAUUUCCUUAUGGGGAAGAUGGUUACAGGAAAAAUAUAAUGCACAGAUAUCGCCAUGAAACUGAGGUCACUAGGAGAAACCGUCAAAGCAUUAAGGAUUGGUUUUCUUACCGGUUACAACAACGUCGCAAAGAGGCAAAAACACUACUUUACUCAAGACGCCUAUUUCAACAAUUCUUAGUCGACGGCUAUGCUAUGAUGGAAUCCGAACGACUGAAUUGGUUGAGAGAUAAUCAAUCGAAAUUAAGAGUGGGCAAAUAUAAUAAUUUGGCCGCUCAAACUGAUGUUGUUCUGCCAUCAACAUUUGUUGGUAGCAAGAGAUAUAUGGAUCAACUAUAUUUUGACGGUAUGGCCAUUUCAAGUCGAUUGGGAUUCCCUGAUUUAUUUGUUACUUUUACCUCCAACCCAAAUUGGCCUGAAAUUAAAAGAGCAUUGUCAGGCACAGGUCUACAACCCCAUGAUAGGCCAGAUAUCAUUUCAAAAGUUUUCAAAAUAAAGUUUGAUACCCUCAUGGAUGAUAUUACAAAACACCAUGUCGUUGGAAAAGUGAUUGCAUAUAUGUACACCAUUGAAUUCCAAAAGCGCGGAUUGCCACAUGCUCACAUCUUGAUAUUCCUACACCCUCAGAGCAAAUACCCAACACCAUCUGACAUAGACAAGAUCAUUUCUGCUGAAAUUCCCGACUCGACUGUUCAUCCCAAUUUAUACAAAUUGGUUAAGGCACAUAUGAUGCAUGGACCCUGUGGCCUUGCUCGCGUGACCUCACAAUGUAUGAAGAAUGGACGAUGUUCUAAAUACUAUCCCAAAAAGUUUAUUAAACACACUAUUGUUGAUGCAGAGGGAUAUCCGCUGUAUAGGAGAAAAUCAAAAACCUUCACUAUUGAAAAAAAUGGUAUCACCUUGGACAACAGACAUGUGGUUCCAUAUAAUACCAGAUUUCUUAUGAAAUACCAGGCACAUAUAAACAUGGAAUGGUGUAAUCAGAGUACUUCCAUAAAAUAUCUUUUCAAAUAUAUCAAUAAAGGCUAUGACAGAAUAACAGCAGCAGUUUCAACAAAUAGCAAUCAACCUGUUGAUGAGAUCCAACAAUAUCUCGACUGCAGAAAACCAGCUGUGGAACGUAUGUUCUAUCAUUUGGUUGGGGAGAAACCUAUAUACUAUACAUAUUAUGCACGCAUGGAAAAUGUGCUGGAAACUGCAAGUGUGACUGAAUCAAUGUUUACUGCAUGGCUGGUAGCAAAUGCUAAAUAUGAAGAGGCACAAACAUUAACUUAUGGUCAAUUUGUCUCAAAGUUUGUUUACCACAAAAAAAAGAGAGAAUGGAAACCGCGGAAAAAAGGCUUCACCAUUGGACGUCUCAUAUGGGUUCCGCCAACAACUGGUGAACUGUUUUACCUGCGCAUGAUGUUGACGGUGGCAAAAGGACCAACAACAUAUGAGGAAAUCAGGACCGUGGAUAACAUUCAGUAUGAUACAUUCAGAGAUGCAUGCUUUGCAAUGGGAUUUCUUGAAGACGACAAAGAAUACAUAGUUGCUAUAAAGGAGGCAAGUCAUUGGGGGACUGGUCAUUUUCUUCGAAAACUGUUUGUUAUCAUGCUUUUGUCUGGUGCUGUUAAUCGCCCUGCACAUGUUUGGGAACAAAUUUGGCUCCUAUUAUCUGAUGGUGUCUUACAUACACAAAGAGCAUUGGCUGCUAAUCCAGAAUUGGUCCUCACACAAGAAGAGUUACAAAAUUUGACUUUAAUAGAAAUUGAGAAUCUGCUUCAGGCAAAUAGAAGGACACUAAAGGAUUUUAGUCCUAUUCCAUAUCCGGAUGCUUAUGUUCUUGAACAGUUGGGAAACAGGCUCAUAUAUGAUGAGCGUAAUUAUGAUACAGCAUCAAUGAACUCAGAAUUUGAAAAUCUGUUUGCUGCUCUUACAGAUGAGCAAAGAAGUAUUUAUGAAAAAAUCAUCCACGCUGUGGAGUCUCAAAAACCUGCGGUUUUCUUCCUUCAUGGUUAUGGUGGUACCGGAAAAACAUAUAUGUGGAGAACACUCGCAGCUGCUUUAAGAUCAAAACAUGAUAUAUGUUUAACUGUUGCAACUAGCGGUAUAGCAUCAUUGUUACUUCCAGGAGGUAGAACUGCACAUUCAAAGUUCAGGAUACCGGUACCAACUAUGGACAAUUCUACUUGCAAGGUUGAAUUCAACGAUGAUGUUGCAGACAUGUUACGACAGACAAAGCUUAUAAUAUGGGAUGAGGCACCAAUGGCGCAUAAGUAUGCAAUAGAAUCGCUUGACAGAACUUUGAAAGAUGUUAUGAGUGCAGACAAAAAUUCAACUGAUGUAUUCGGUGGAAAGGUUGUUGUUUUCGGGGGCGAUUUCAGACAGAUUUUACCUGUCGUCCCCAGAGGCAGUCGUUCCGAUAUUGUACACUGUGCCAUAAAUGCAUCUUACAUAUGGCGUUCAGUUGAGGUAUUAACAUUGACAAGAAACAUGCGGCUACGAACAGGAUCAACACAAACUGACAAAAAUGAGAUAACACAGUUUUCAGAUUGGCUUUUAAGAAUAGGAGAGGGCCGAAUAUCUGAGCCUAAUGACGGCACCGCCGAAAUCAACAUACCACCUGAUAUUCUGAUAACAGAAUUCGAUGAUCCAAUUGUGGCCAUUGUCAAUACCACAUACCCUGAUUUCAUAAAUAAUUUCCAAUGUGUUGAUUACCUUAAAAGUCGAGCGAUACUUGCCUCUACACUGGAGAUUGUUGAUCAGAUCAAUGACCAUAUACUUAACUUGAUGCCAGUCAACAAUGCAGGAGAGAUUCGUGACUACUACAGCGCAAAUUCAGUUGACAAGUCUGAGAUUCAUGACCCAGCAGUAGUUGAUAUCCUCAUGCCAGAAUUUCUAAGUUCCCUCCGAAAUCAGGAUUGCCAAACCAUCACUUAA